AUGGACACACGCAUCGCGGAGGCAGUCUUCGUAUCGUACGACACCAAAUUCCCAAUCAUUCUUCCGAAAGGUCAUCGUUUAACCAUCCUGGUCAUCGAGUGGUACCACCGUUACUACCUGCACGCAAACAACGAAACCGUAAUCAAUGAAGUCCGCCAGCGAUUCCACAUCCCCUGUCUUCGGACGCUGGUGCGGAAUCUCUCAAAAAAGUGUAUGCAGUGCAGAGUAAUGAAAGCGAAACCGACGUAUCCGAGAGAAGCACCCCUUCCUGAGGCGAGACUCAGUCCGCAUAUUCGGCCGUUUAGCUUCGUCGGCCUGGACUACUUCGGACCCAUCUUAGUCAAGGUUGGACGAUCUUUGGUCAAGCGAUGGGUAGCGCUAUUUACCUGCCUUACCAUCAGGGCCGUCCAUCUAGAGGUGGUCCACUCGUUAUCCACCGAGGCGUGUAAGAUGGCUAUUCGACGAUUCGUAGUGCGUCGGGGAGCCCCCUUGGAAAUCCGAAGCGACAACGGUACCAACUUCAUUGGCGCCAACCGAGAGUUACAGCAGCAGAUUAAGGAGAUGAAUCAACAACUGUCCGAGGUUUUCACCAACGCAGUUACCAAGUGGGUGUUUAAUCCACCAUCCGCUCCCCACAUGGGCGGAUCAUGGGAGAGGCUCGUCAGGUCAAUUAAAACAGCAUUCUCUACACUGACAACCAACCGAAAUCCAGAUGACGAGACUCUUCUCACAUUAAUGACCGAGGCAGAAGGGAUAGUAAAUUCUAGACCAUUGACGUACGUGGCACUCGAAGCGGAGACACAGGAAGCACUCACGCCAAACCAUUUCUUGCUCCUGAGCUCGCAAGGCGUCACCCAACCUCCGAUCCUGAUUCCGGAACGCCCGGAGUCCCUACGGACCAACUGGCGACUGGCAACAAAUUUGGUGAAUCAAUUCUGGAGUCGUUGGAUUCAGGAGUACCUCCCGAUCAUCGCGAGCCGAACCAAGUGGUACGAAGAGGCGAAGGAACCGAAGGUGGGAGACCUAGCUGUCAUCGUCGAUGCAUCGGUGCGGAACGGAUGGCUGCGCGGACGGAUUAUUUCCGUCAUCAAGGGACGUGAUGGGCGAAUCAGACAGGUGCUGGUGAAGACGUCUGGAGGCGUGCUACGGCGACCUGUGACCAAGGUUGCUGUUUUAGACAUUGUGGUCGUAGACAACGAUCUAGUGGAGAGUAACGCAGUACCACCAAAAGCGCUGGACGUGCAUUACGGGUCGGGGGAUGUUGGGGGCGCCCCUACGUCACUGCUACUCGAUAGCGCGCAACCCUGCGCCGCGUCAUCAAUAUCGGCUGUCAAACGUUGA